CCGGCGCCUUCUCCUUGCUUCUUGGGGUCGUGGCCUUGCUCCUGCCGGGCAAGGGAAGGGUUCCUGGGCUUUCACGCGCAGGUGUGCGCGUGGGUCCUGACGUGCUCGCGGGUCCACGCUCGGACUCUGCGGGGGCAGAAGCAGGAGCCAUGGGCGGGACCGCCAGCACCCGCCGGGUCACCUUCGAGGCGGACGAGAACGAGAACAUCACCGUGGUGAAGGGCAUCCGGCUUUCAGAAAAUGUGAUCGACCGGAUGAAGGAGUCCUCUCCAUCUGGCUCUAAGUCCCAGCGAUAUUCCAGUAUUUAUGGUGCUUCAGUUUCUGAUGAAGAAUUGAAAAGAAGAGUAGCUGAGGAGCUGGCAUUAGAGCAAGCCAAGAAGGAAUCAGAAAACCAGAGACGCCUUAAGCAAGCCAGAGACCUAGAACGAGAGAGGGCCGCAGCCAAUGAACAGCUCACCAGAGCUAUCCUUCGGGAAAGGAUAUCCAGCGAGGAGGAACGCUCGAAGGCAAAGCAUCUGGCUCGGCAGCUGGAAGAGAAAGAUCGACUGAUACGGAAGCAGGAUGCCUUCUACAAAGAGCAGCUGGCCAGACUGGAGGAGAGGAGCUCAGAGUUCUACAAAGUCACCACGGAGGAGUAUCAGAAAGCUGCUGAAGAGGUGGAAGCCAAGUUCAAACGGUAUGAAUAUCAUCCAGUCUGUGCAGAUCUGCAGACCAAAAUCCUCCAGUGUUACCGCCAGAACACCCAGCAGACCCUCAGCUGCUCCGCUCUGGCCAGCCAGUACAUGCACUGUGUCAACCAUGCCAAACAGAGCAUGCUGGAGAAGGGAGGAUAAAGUUACCCCUGAGAACAUGCAAAGCUCCUUCAACGUUAAUUCCAGAGGUGGAACAUUUUUCUUUUCCUAGUAAGAAAAUGCCCCAAUUAAAGAGAAGACCAGUAAAGACAGACAGGCAUUGGAAAAUGGACUCGACAGAAUCAUAACGUGUUUUGAUCAACAGUUUCAGAAGCCAAGGUCUAGAUCAGGAUCAGUCAUCAAAGAACACUGUUAAGUGUUAAUGAAACCCUCAAAUGAAUAAAGAGAAAGGCGGUCCACUGCA